CGCCGCUCCGCGAUGGCGCCGGCCCCGCUGCGCCUGCUGCUGCUGGGGCUCUGGCUGCCCGCGCCCGGGAGAGUCAUUGCUGAGGAGGGGAAAGAAACGAAGACAGAACAACCAUCCUCAGGAUCUCCCCCCGGGAGCCCACCAGCUGACCACAGGCCAUUUUCCUCUCCCCACUCCACUGGGUACCAGCAUGGCUUGAUGUUGUCACCAUCCCAAACUGGAAGACCACAUUCAGCACACACAGCUGUUCCCCAGGUGACCUCUGCCGCAUCAGAGCGCCUGCCACCUCUCGCAUUUAAUCACACAAUUGGGCACAUCAUACUUUCUGAACAUAAAGCUGUCAAAUUUAGCUGCUCAAUCAAUAUACCUAACAUGUAUCAGGAAAGUGCUGGCAUUUCUUGGUGGAAAGAUGGAAAAGAAUUGCUUGGGGCACAUCAUUCCAUUACGCAGUUUUAUCCUGAUGAUGAAGGGACAUCAAUAAUUGCAUCUUUCAGCAUCGCCAGUGUGCAGCGCUCGGAUAAUGGGUCAUAUAUCUGUAAGAUGAAAGUGAACAGUGAAGAGAUUGUGUCUGACCCCAUCUACUUGGAAGUUCAAGGACUUCCUCACUUCACCAAGCAGCCGGAGAGCAUGAAUGUCACCAGAAACACAGCCUUCAACCUCACUUGCCAGGCCGUGGGUCCACCUGAGCCUGUCUACAUUUUCUGGAUUCAGAAUAGCAGCCGUGUAAAUGAAAAGCCAGAAAAGUCCCCAUCUGUUCUAACUGUACCUGGUCUGACGGAGACAGCGGUCUUCAGCUGUGAAGCCCACAAUGGCAAAGGGCUGACCAUGUCCAAGGGUGGGCAGAUCAACAUCAAGGCAAUUCCCUCUCCUCCAACUGAAGUCCGUGUUCACAACAGCACAGCACAUAGCAUCCUGAUCUCCUGGGUCCCUGGCUUUGAUGGCUACUCCCCAUUCAGGAACUGCAGCAUUCAGGUCAAGGAAGUUGACCCACUGAGUAAUGGUUCAGUCAUGAUUUUCAACACCUCUGCUGCACCACAUCUGUAUCAAAUCAAGCAGCUGCAAGCCCUGUCUAAUUACAGCAUCGGUGUGUCCUGUAUGAACGAAAUAGGCUGGUCUGCUGUGAGCCUGUGGAUUCUAGCCAGCACGACUGAAGGAGCUCCAUCAGUAGCACCUUUCAACAUCAGCGUGUUUCUGAACGAAUCUAGCAAUAACGUGGACAUCAGAUGGAUGACGCCUCCAAUUAAGCGACAGGAUGGGGAACUGGUCGGCUACCGGAUAUCUCACUUGUGGCUCAGUGAGGGAACUUCUAAAGAGCUUUCUGAAGAAGUCAGCCAGAAUUGUAGUCGGGCUGAGAUUUCUGUGCAAAUCCACAAUGCCACAUGCACAGUGAGGAUUGCAGCUGUCACCAGAGGGGGCAUCGGGCCCUUCAGUGAGCCAGUGAAAAUAUUUAUUCCUGCGCUGGGUCGGGUAGAUUACGCACCCUCAUCAACUCCAGCACCUGGCAAUGCAGAGUCCCUGCUCAUCAUCCUUGGCUGCUUUUGUGGAUUUGUUUUAAUUGGGUUUAUUUUAUACAUUUCUCUGGCCAUCAGAAAAAGAAUCCAGGAGACAAAGUUUGGGAAUGCAUUCACAGGAGAGGAUUCUGAAUUAGUUGUAAAUUACAUAGCGAAGAAAUCAUUUUGUCGACGAGCCAUCGAACUUACCUUGCACAGCUUAGGAGUCAGCGAGGAACUGCAAAAUAAACUAGAGGAUGUUGUGAUUGAUAGGAAUCUUCUCAUUCUUGGGAAAAUUCUGGGUGAAGGAGAGUUCGGCUCAGUGAUGGAAGGGAAUCUAAAGCAGGAAGACGGUACUUCUCAGAAGGUGGCAGUGAAGACGAUGAAGUUGGACAACUUUUCCCAACGGGAGAUCGAGGAGUUUCUGAGUGAGGCGGCAUGCAUGAAAGACUUCAGCCACCCAAAUGUCAUCAGACUUCUAGGCGUAUGUAUAGAAAUGAGUUCUCAAGGCAUCCCAAAGCCCAUGGUGAUCCUACCCUUCAUGAAAUAUGGGGACCUGCACACCUACUUACUGUAUUCCCGGUUAGAAACAGGACCAAAGCACAUUCCUCUGCAGACACUGCUGAAGUUCAUGGUGGACAUUGCCCUGGGAAUGGAGUAUCUGAGCAACAGGAAUUUUCUCCACCGAGAUUUAGCUGCUCGAAACUGCAUGCUGCGGGAUGACAUGACUGUCUGUGUGGCUGACUUCGGCCUCUCUAAGAAGAUCUACAGUGGGGAUUACUACCGCCAAGGCCGCAUCGCCAAGAUGCCUGUGAAGUGGAUUGCCAUAGAGAGCCUGGCCGACCGAGUGUACACAAGUAAAAGUGACGUGUGGGCUUUUGGCGUGACCAUGUGGGAAAUAGCAACGCGGGGAAUGACUCCAUAUCCUGGCGUCCAGAACCAUGAGAUGUAUGACUACCUUCUCCACGGCCACAGGCUGAAGCAGCCCGAGGACUGCCUAGAUGAACUGUAUGACAUAAUGUAUUCUUGCUGGAGCGCUGACCCCUUGGACCGACCCACCUUUUCAGUGUUGAGGCUACAACUGGAAAAGCUCUUGGAGAGUCUGCCCGAUGUGGAGGACAAAGAAGCCAUCAUCUACAUCAACACCCAGUUGCCAGCGAGCUGUGAGGGCCUGGUGGAUGGGCUGGCACCUGCCCGGCUAGACAUGCACAUUGACCCUGACUCUAUCAUUGCUUCCUGCACUCCCCGCGCUGCCAUCAGUGUGGUCACAGCAGAAGUUCACGAGAACAGUCCUCAUGAGGAAAGGUACAUCCUGAAUGGGGGCAGUGAGGAAUGGGAGGACCCGGCUUCCACUCCCCCUGCUGUGGUCACUUUAUCAGAGGACAGACUUGACAGGAACGGGGCCUCCUGGGCCCAGGGCAGCACGCUGCCCUUGAGGAAGCCCUCGGCAGACGAACUUCUGUUUGCUGAUGAUGCCUCAGCAGACUCUGAAGUACUGAUGUGAGGAGAGCUGAGCAGAGAUGUGACACCACCAAGCAGAUUCCCUGAUUUUAGGGGAUCCAGUUCUGCCUGUUUUUGGUAUUUGUUUUCUUUACUAAGUAAACUCCAUGGUCCCAGAGCACCAGAUGAAUGUCGUUGAGGGAAGCAUCACUAGAAAUAUGUAACAAGAAACAUGGCUCAGUGGCAGAACACAUACUUAACAUGUGAUGUGCCCUGGGUUCCAUCCCAAGUGCCACAAAAAAAUAAAAACACAUAAUAUAUAUUUAUUUAAGGAGAAAGUAUAUAUGUAUAUGAUGGAAAGAGUCAAGGGUGUUAUAUUUUAGUAAAAGAUGACCUUUCACCUCACUUACCUUAUAUUAAUAUUUUAUUCCUCAGUGUUAACAUUUGUACAGGGUCAAGGCUAUUUUUUAAAGUUGUCUUAUUUUUCACAAGUAUUAAAUGUAAAAAUAUUUUAAAAUGAAAUGCCAGAUUUUGAUGUUGGUCUUCAUGAGAAAUCUGAUAUACUUCUAUGAAUUGUGUGUUUUGUAAGAAUGAGUUAUUUAAUGUUUAAGAUUUUAUAACUGAUUGCCUGAACUCACUUCCCAAUAAUAUAUGAAUGAGGAAGGAUGUGUUCAACAUACUUCACACUUGGAAAGACCGGGGUCCCCAGCAGGCCUGGCACCUUUACAAGGAGUUCCCUCGAUGGCUGUCCUCGUUGCUGUGACUCUUCCUGACAUUGCUUUUUCGAGAUAGGAAAACCCAGCUCAACUCUAUACAUUGUACUCUGACCUCCACAUCAUUAUGUGUUUUUAUCAUGACACAUACAUCCAAGCAGACACAAAAAGAAAUUUAAAAGUUUUAAAGGCAUUACUCAUGAAAGUAGGCAUGGCCAGUGACAGGAUGCAGGUGUGGGACUCAGCCCUCUGAGCUGUCAUCCAGGCUCAGCCAAUAUUUGUUGAGCACUUGCCUCAUUUCCGGCACUGUUCUGUUUCAUCUGUGUGUUGUUAUACCAAAGGUACCCGUGCCAUUAUCAUCCAUAAAACAUAAAACAAAGGCUUGGAAAGACCAAGUGAACUAGUUAAGGCCAAUAUUUAGAGAGUGGUUGAGCUCAGAAUUUAGAAUGCUUGAGUGAGCAUGUGUUUGACCACAAAGCACCAGAGGCAGUUAAUUAACUUACAAAGAAAAAAGGUUUAUUUAGCAUACAGUUUGGAAACUCUAACCCAAGCCUGGGCAGCCCAUUAGUUGAAUCCUUGGUGGAAGCAGCAGAGGCAGUGGUGGGGGCACAUGUUGGAAUUAAUGCUCAUAUUAUCAGCGGAAGCAGAGAGGGAGGACAGGCCAGAGUCCCACAAUUCCUUUGGGGGUGCUCUCCCAAUGACCUAAAGCCCUAGACAAGGCCCCGUCUCCCUCCCACAGGUCCCAUUGCCUCCCACUAACACCUAGGAAGCUUGGCGGGAUGCCUCAUCCAAACUGUAGCAUGGACAUGCCACUUCCUGCAUGACAAGCAUGGUACUCAGUCUUCAUAACAACUCCAUAAGGCGGAUCUUACAAUAUGCCUGCUCCAGACAAGAGCAGACCGAGGCUGGGGAAGGCUGGCUGGCUGGCUGUAUGUAGGGCAGUGGGUUGGGGUGGUGAGAGGUUGCCUUUUACCCCUCAGGCAUCUGGGCAGACUCAGGACUGCUGACAUACUCAGGACUGUGUGGGUGCACACAGACCACCUGUAGUCGUCAGCGUCCAGCACCUACACAGCAGUCAAAGCUGCGGCCCAGCACAACUCCAGUCCUGGUGCCAGCCCCCAGCCCUGACGCCGGCCUUCGAGUGGAGCUUGGUCCUCUGCUCUUGUGAAAAAGUUCCCAGAGUUUGAGAAUCCUCACUGUUUUAUCAGUAAAAAGUACAAGGAGACUGUUAGGUCACAAAAAUAUUGUUGAAACAUUUUAAAUAGUUAUUUUAAGAAUCAAUAAAACAUUUUUAUCACUUG